AUGAGCUCAGUUGGGAUGAGCGGAGGAUUGGAGCUGGCACAGAGUUUUAACUGGGCAGUCAGAAAUUCGACGGGACAAUUCGACGGCAAAGUUUGUGAAGAAUUUCACGACUUUAACAGAACUGACUGGUGCGACUUCUACGAAGCUGUAGAGAGCUGUGAGCUAGAAGAGACUUUUGUGGAAUACGUCGAAGUUGUUCUAUGCUCAGAAAACAUCAAAAACGAUGCGUUUUUUAUUGGAAUGAAUAUUCUCUACUCUUUGUGGUGUCUGUGGCUUUUCAUCGCUCUUGGCCUCGUGGCAGAUGCAUUUUUUGUACCCAAUUUGACCAAGAUCUCCUCCCAGUUGAAGCUUUCCGAAAAUGUAGCUGGUGUGACAUUGGUCGCUUUUGGCAACGGCGCUCCUGACAUUUUCUCUGCCAUUGCCAGUUUCGGUGCAGGUGGAGAAGUCGCCAAGCUCGCCAUUGGAUCACUCAUAGGAGCGGGAUUGUUUGUGACAAGCGUCGUCGCCGGAGCCUGUAUGAUUACUACACCGUUUACGCCCGCUGCCAGACCGCUGCUCCGCGACGUCAUCUUCUACUUGUGGUCGCUUUACUGGCUUCUUCAAUGCUUGUUCAAGGGCAAGAUUGAAUUGUUUGAUUCGAUAGGCUUCCUUGUCCUCUAUGUUAUCUACGUUCUAUUUGUCGGUCUCGGCGGCCGCUUUGGCAAAAUUCUUGGACUUUCGAAAGCAAAAGGGUUUACUUACGAUAAUCCUGACGAAGAUGUCGCCACAGAAAAUAACGAUUCACUUCCUGCUUCAAAAUUUGCCUCUGCCAGAAAUACAAUGACAGUUGAUGGAUCGAAUCCAGAAGGAAGAUCAAGAUCUAAUACAGCAACUAAUACUCUUGGUAUCGCCAAAAAUCGAAUGAGAGCGCUCUCAAACGUUUCAAGCCGAGCAGGACACACUCCACGCCCGAGUAUGCUCUCUGUUCAAAAAGCGAGCGAAGUUGGCUUCAAAACUCGAAGAGAGUACAUCAAGGAAAUGUUCGUUCCAUGGGAUCCCGAGGAAUGGGAAGAAGCCGGCAUCAUUGGCAAGGCCCUCGCAAUUUUAAUGGCGCCACUGUUCUUACUUGGCAAGCUUACAGUCCCAGUCGUCGGCGAGGAUGAAAAGGAAACAUGGAAUCGACCGUUGGCGUACGCGCAAGCCGUGAGCUUCCCCUGGCUUUGGUACAUCCUUCUUCAGCAAUAUGGUGAGCCAAACUUCGGAGCCUACUGUGAUGACAAUGACGUCUGCACUGGUGGUUGGAAUAGAGCGAUCAUUCCUGCUGCCCUUUCUGUUCUUUUCGCUGCUUUUGUUUUCCUGACAUGCUUCAAAAAGCCCUUGGAGAAGCCAUCAUCGGCUUACUUUUUAUUCACGAUUCCGGGCUUUCUCGGCGGAAUGUUGUGGGUAUUCGUUCUCGCCAAUGAAGUCGUCGGACUGCUCACUGCUCUAGGAUUCUUCUGGAAAAUAAACAACGUCGUUAUGGGACUGACAUUCCUCGCAUGGGCGAAUUCUGUUGGCGAUCUCGUCGCUGACUUGGGUCUCUCUAGAAUCGGCAAAGCUGGUACAGCUGUGGCAGCAUGCUUUGGCUCUCCCCUUCUCAAUCUUUUAGUUGGAACCGGCCUUGGUUGUACCAUCUCCAUCGUUUCCAACGACUGGGAAGAUAUAGAAUUGGAUCUGCGAGCCCUCGAAGCCGCCCUUUUAGGAGGAACUACGCUUCUUCUUCUCUCCCUGCUUUUGAUUUUACCUAUUAUCAAGUACCACGUCGGCAGAGCAGUGGGCAUUUUCCAAAUUGUACUGUAUAUCGGCGCUUUGGUCCUGUGCUUGCUUCUGGAAGACACCUACGGUCCAUUCGGACAUGGGAUGAUUUGUUCAUGUUUUGCAGUGAUAGCGUCGCUAUUCGCGAUCUCUGCCCACUCAGAAUCUGGUCAGGGCGCUUGCGUCAAUUCCAAAUGGGCAUACGGCACCUCCUGCUUACUCUCGUUAAUUUGCACUGGCUCGUCGAGUUUUGGUGCUUAUCUGUCAAUACUCUACUCGAACAGAGCUGAAAACAGCCAAACAAAGGGAGGAAUGUCAGAUACGACGCUGGAAUAUCUGGGGAUAGAGCUCUUGACGAAUGAAAUUUCAAUACUGCGCAGCUGUUUAUUUAUUGAAUGCGCUUGUCAGGGUUUCCUUGCGCUGAUGAGCCUCUACAAUGUGUAUCUAUGCGGACGCUUGGUGAUCUUCCACUCUCGCUACUUUAUCCGAGUGUCGCAGGAAGAGCACGCCCAGAGCAACUCUGUAGAAAUCGAUAAUACAAGUGCCAACAUUCCCCACCGCGCCACUUACUCGUUACCCGCCGCCAACAACUCUCAACCCCUCGACACCACCAACAACAACUACGCCGAUAGUGUUUUUCUCGAACAAGGACCGGAGCCAUCGCUGGUGCCGUUGAACACCCGCGUUGGAUAUUCUAACUUUGCGCAGGCUGACCGAAUGAGCCGGACAAACUCCUUCGGCAGCGGCAAGAAUUCGGGCACUGCCGAGUCAGAGUCUGACUCGACGCAACUGGUGGCACCGCCCGCGCGGCCGAGUGGUGCUCAAAAGGGCGAGAACACUCCCUUGCGGCGACCUGGGAACUCCUCUCUCAGAACUGCGGCUGGAAGACGCCAUCGACCAGAGAAGAGUGUUUCCUUCCGCGGAACGGCUCUCGUCGCGGAGUAG